ACAGAACAAACAAUCUCAAGAUUUGGUGCGAGUCUUGCUCAUGCAACAUGGCGGAAAAUAUGUUCCCCCGGCCCUGAGAGGAGAAUCGGGAGCCGAGAACGACGAGACACCUCCGACUUCCCUGACGGAAGUGAAAGCGGGGGGGAUGGACCACUCCGAGAGCAGUAGCGCGAACAAUCACGAGCCCAGCGAGGCCAUUCACCCGACGUCGGGCGCGCAUCAGCGCCACCAGCAGAUGCCGCCCUACCCCCAAAACACGCCGCCGUCGGGUCCCAUGGGGGACUACCGAGGCUCGUCGUACGGCGGAGGGGGCGGCGGCUACGGCAACCAGGGAGGAGGUUAUGGCUAUGGAGGACGUGGGGGGGGAGGGCGGUUUGAUGGGGGUGGCGGC